UGGGAUAAAUUUUUCAAAGUACGGGAGGAUAUAUCUUUCAUAGACAUUAAGCAAGUCAUAUGUUCAUUCUGUCCACCCCUGGAGUUUCGUUUCGAGUUUUCCAAGGAGGAUCACCAGAACCUAGUUUGAUGUCUCACACUCCAUUAUGACGACCGCUCCAAAACGCAAACGUGGGGAAGUGCCUACAAGAAUCGGUUCCGAUCCAAAAAGAACUCGAUUAAGAGUUGCCAGACCGUCAUUUUUCCUUCUUCCCCGAGAAUUGCGGGACCAGAUCUAUCACGAGAUAUGGAAGACUGCCGCUCCCUCCGUAGUGCAGAUCAAUGACUACACCUUCGAUGUCGACUAUGAAUGUGCAAAGACACGAAAUUCCGAUGAUCCCAUACAGCCCCAAGACCAACCAAAGUCCACAAAUCCAAAAAGACGAGGCCGGCCUACGAGACCACGUUCGCCGUGGUUCCAAGCCAGCAAGCAGUUCAUGCAGGAGGCAAUCGAUCAGUUCCACAGAAGAUCUCAUUGGAAGCUACAAACGAAAGCAACACCACCGUCCACGCCACAUAACAGACCCAAAAUAACUGCCCAUUCUUGCCUGCUCAAUCCUUGGCAUGGAAAGACCUUAGUAUUGACAGACAAGUACGCCUACUGCACCAUGUCAAUUCAGGAUGACGGGAAAGUCGGUGCCGUACUUGGGUUCACGGUUGCCAAUUCUCGCUAUUUUGAAGGUCUGCGAGCGUUAGCAGGUGAUUCACCGAGAUUGGGGCAGUUGAAUGUUACUUUCGGUGUCAGCUCCCAGAGCCUUUUUGUGCUCGGUGGAUUGGUGCCGAGAGUGGAUUUUUCGGCUCUUGGACACCUCAACGCUCCAAAUCUCCAGCAUGUCAAUCUAAAUGUGAUUUUGACAAAGGGGAACAAAUUCGACGAUUCGCUCAAAGGACAUAUCACAGCCGAGACAAAGAGCAUUGGUGAGAUUAUCCUUGGAGGGAAAGGAAAGGAGUAUUCCGCCGCCAUCACUCGUGCGAAUUCCGAUCACUACGGAGAUGCCUACUUUUCCAAAAACCCCAGAGCCAUGGUAUGGAAGUAUAGUAUCUGCAGAGUUUAAAAAGAAUGCAGUGGCCCAACGCUUGGGUGCUUUGACAGCGU